AUGCACCCUGCUGCACUGUUCCGCCUGUGCCUCUGCCUGACAACCCUUGCGCUGUAUCUCGGGCCAACGCUGUGUCAAGACACCCAAGUCGUCGCUACAACCAUCACCCAUUACUAUACUACAGCGGCGCCGACGAUGCCUUUGUCUCCACAGUACACAGGUUCGCUGGACUUCCGAGAGUCGAUUCUCAAUUCCACCAACUUUUAUCGAUAUGAACACUCAGCCUCGUAUAUUUACUGGAACGAGACUCUCGCCCAAUAUGCUCAGUCGUACUCGGAGAAGUGUGUGUGGGAGCAUUCGCACGGCCCGUAUGGUGAGAACCUAGCACAAGGGUAUUCCAAUGUGACGGCCGCGGUGGAGGCAUGGGGAGAUGAGCGGCGAGACUAUGAUUUCAGCAGCAGCGAUCCCACAGGCUUCACUGAGGAGACGGGCCACUUCACGCAGCUGGUAUGGAAGAGCACGCAGGCGACGGGCUGCGGAUGGACCGACUGCCACGGCAAGAAUAAUGUCAGCGGCGUCUUCCUGGUCUGCGAGUAUUGGCCCCCGGGCAAUCUUGUCGGCCAGAACAACUACUGGUUCAAACAGAACGUGGCCGCCGAGAGAGGUGACGGCGAUGACGGCUUCAGUGAGCUGGAUGCCACCAGAGGGGCCACUGGUGGUGUCCCCAGUUCAACCAGCACCGCUUCUCCCACCGCCACUGGCGCGUCAUUAGGGAGUCCCAGCGUCAAGGUCAAUCAGAGUGACUUGUUUGUUGCGGUUUGCGUUACAAUUGCCGCUGUUUUGUUGGGACUCGGUAUGUCGUGA